CCACGGACUGCCCCACAAGCACCACCGAAACCCCCAUUCCUCUUCAAUGACACUCCAGCUAUAACUCAGGCCGAGUUCCACGAAUGCACCACCCCCUGGUCUUUAAUCUACGGCUGCGAUAAUGUCCAACAGAACCCUCUUUCACUCCGUGAGGACAACCAUCGGACCAAACAGAGGCACCACCAAAAGUGCAACUUACUAUGGCGUGUACUUCUACCCAUACACCAAACCCACCGACGAUCCGGUCUUUGCCGUAGUUGGUGGUCCAGAAACUAUCAUCGCAAGACCACAUCCUACGAAAGGUCUCGAAGUAAUACAGUACUUUCUCGACGACCUCAGAUUCAACGAGUCACUAUGCACCGCUUCGUGGACCAAAGACCUGAAAACCGGUGACCCCCUGAUCGCCGUGGGCGGACAAGCCGGAAUUAUCAAAAUCCUGAACGUCAAGACAGGUAAGGUCACACAAACUCUCAGCGGUCACGGCGACGAGAUUAUGGAGAUUCUCACAUCGCCGAAGAGCCAAAAACUCCUGGCCUCCGCAUCCGCCGACUCCACCGUCCGGAUCUGGAGCCUGGACCCCGCCCAUACCCGGCAACCGUGUGCACUGAUAUGCGCGGGCGAGGGCCACAGAGAGACUAUCCUCUCCAUAGCUUUCCACUCCUCCGGUCGAUACCUCCUGUCCGGCGGCAUGGACCAUAUCGUAAACCUGUGGGUCCUGCCCGACCUCCCAGACGAGUCCGCGGGUGGGGACAAGCCCAUAACCCUCAUGUACCCACACUUCUCCACCUCGAUGAUCCACUCAAACUACAUCGACUGCCUCGCUUUCCACGGCGAUUACAUCCUCUCGAAAGCAGCGCGGGAGAGUAAAAUCGUCCUCUGGGCUAUCCAAAAUUUCACCUCCCGCCUCCCCCCUCCUGCCCGGGACAAAGCACCCACAACACAUGAGUGGCGCGCCACGCGCUCCGCCUUCGGCGGCGGCUUCGACCGCCUACUGCAAUUCUCCAUCCCAGACACGGAGCCGUUCUUCAUGCGCUUCGGGAUAUUCGCACGCGCGUGCGCAGACACGUUCUUGGCCAUGGGCAGCACGAGUGGGAGGGUCCAUAUGUGGAAUCUGCAGCGCACGGAGACGUGUGGCAAGAGUCCGGGCGAUACGGGUACUCGGGAUGGUAGGGAUACGACUACCCCCAGUGAGAGGGGGAGCCCCGCGGUUACCAGCGCCGAUCUAAAUACUACGGGCCUUAUCGCCGGUAGUGAUAGGGGACCCUCCACUGCUGUUGCUGCACCUCCCGCUCCUGCCGCUCCAUCCGCUAAGCUCCCGUCGAUUCGAGGUGACGCCUUGGGCGACCCACUCGCCGUCAUUAAAGCACACUACACGCUCGAAAUCCCAAGAAUUAAGACCACAAUCCGACAUGUCGCCUAUAGCCUCUCCGGAGAGUACAUGGUCUGCGUUGGUGAGGGUGGAAAUAUCGUGAUUUCAAGGAAGGAUCCGACCGUGAAGACUUGAAGAAGACUUGGUAUCGUACUACAGUUGUAAUUGUCAUUUAUGGCUAUCUAGGGCUUGUUGAUUGGUUCGUCGCUGGUGUCGCAUCUUUAUCUUGUGGGUUGGAGUGUGUUUUUGUUUUCGUUUUUGUGGGUUCUUGUGUUGGCUGCUAGCUAGAUAGCCGAGGUCGUAUAUAAUUUAUACAUUGAG